CUCCCCCACCUACUGCUUGGUCUCCUUAGCUGGACUUGGGGGAUCCUUGCCACUACGCCUUCCCAAGAAGAAUUUGUGGGCAAUUUCUUCAGCAAACAUGCCACAGACGGAAGCACGUCGAAUCACACUAAUAACUGGGCCGUUCUCGUCUGUUCCUCGCGUUAUUGGUUCAAUUACCGAGUACUUUCCGCUCAAAUCCUUCUCCUUUCGGUUAUUGAUCAUCAGGUCAGCACAUGGCCAACGCGUUGGGAAUGUACCGGACUGUGAAACGUUUGGGCAUCCCGGACUCAAACAUCAUCCUGAUGUUAGCCGACGACGCGGCGUGUAACACGCGUAAUCGAUUUCCUGGCAGCGUCUACGCCAAUCCAGGUCGCGGACUCGACUUGUAUGGGGACAACAUUGAAGUAGAUUAUCGUGGCUACGAGGUGACAGUGGAAAACUUCAUUCGCGUUCUAACCGGACGGAUGGAACCCUCUGUUCCUCGUUCUAAACGGCUGUUGACUGAUGCGCAUUCCAACAUCUUCGUUUAUAUGACUGGUCAUGGCGGUAAUGAAUUCCUCAAGUUCCAGGACAACGAAGAGAUCAGUGCGUUUGAUAUCGCAGACGCGUUCGAGCAGAUGUAUCAGAAGAAGAGGUACAAUGAGAUCUUCUUCAUGAUCGACACUUGCCAGGCCAAUACGAUGUAUUCCAAGUUCUAUUCGCCCAAUAUACUUGCUACCGGAUCCUCCAAGUUAGAUCAGAGCUCAUACUCUUAUGAAAACGAUGCAGACAUCGGAGUCUCUGUCAUUGAUCGUUUCACUCACUACGUUCUGGAAUUCAUGGAGGGCAUCAACAAGACUUCGCAGGAUACCGUAGCUGACUUGUUUGCGUCUUACGAUCCAGAAAAGAUACAGUCAGAUCCGGGUGUUCGAUCGGACCUGUUCCGUCGUCCUCUCGACCAGGUUCGACUGACCGACUUCCUUGGCGGUGUCGCACAAGUCGAAGUUGGGGAACAGGCUGUCCUCGAUCCGGCCUGGGGUCCAGGCGAUGAAGAAUUGCAACCCCCACCUAUCUUUCCAUCACAAGCUGUGAAUCAAACGCUGGUCCAGUCGUCCUCGUCAAUCUUGGACAGCACACGCACAUCGUUAGAUGCUUCUUGGCGUGCUUGGGCUGGUGUUCUGCUAGUCAGCGGACUUGUAGGUUGGGCGUGCCAGAGGAGAUAGAUGUAUCGAUAUUCAUUAUAUAUUAUUGGACAACCGCAACAUUCGCCACAAGUUUCGGACUGGAGUAUACUACAGUCGAGGAACGCAAGGGAACGAACGAUCAAGAGCAGAUCGGCGGCUAUCAGCUGUCAGAUGUUUGUCGCGAUGUCGUUUCGCUCUCUCCUCCGAUAGUCCUAUGCACAUGCCACAGUCCAAGCCUCACAAUCUACAUGCCUUUCGCUGUAAUUCAACAUCACUUUCGCAAUGCAUACGCUGGGCAUUCGACUUAGACUUUCCUACUUCGUCUCCCAACUCAAAACCUCAUUCGGAUCCGAACUGCUGUAAUGUUCACUGACCAUGAAGCCACGGAUAGUUGGCAUCAUUGACAGAAAAUAUACGGUGUCGGCAACAGUGUUUCGGCAGGUCUUCGUCUAUUGGGGUUUGGGAAGCACAAGUCAAGUGGAAAACGCGAUCCGAACAGCGCCAUUCUGGUGGAAGUGCGGCUUCAGUAUCGAGGGGAAAGGGUGAACUAUCCGCUUUACAGUUAUGAGACA